GGGCCGGAAUUGGCUUCGUUAUCGUUUCUCACGUACUUGUAACGGUUCUGUGAAGCUGUCAACGCGGAUUUAAAUCCCAAACCUUUAGCGCAAAUAAUAAUAAUGACAAACGGAACAAAAAAAGGAACCACACACCGGAACACAAAGCAGCAUUAGCGGACUUUCCGCCAGGCUGCCAAGUCCAAUCCGUCUGUCUGCGUUCCUUCAGAGCGCCCAACGUCAGAGCCAUGCCAGUGGAGAGCAGCAGCAGCUCCAGCUCCCGCCAAGCCAAGCAGAAGAGGAAGUCCCACAGCCUGUCCAUCCGCCGGACCAACAGCACGGAGCAGGACCGCUCGGGCCUGCAGAGGGAGCUGCUGGAGGGACAGGACUCCAAACUGCCUUUGUCCCUGAGGACCAACCUGCUGGAUCUGUUCAGUCAGAUCGAGAGAGAGUUCGAAAACCUUUACCUGGAAAAUAUUGAACUCCGCAGAGAAAUCGAAUCCCUGAACGAUCGUUUGGCUGCAGACGGACAAGCUAUCGAAGGAGCAGAUUUAGCAAAAGGAGCUCUGAAGACGAAAGCGAGCCACAGCACCAGCCAGCUGUCUCAGAAACUGAAAACGACCUACAAGGCGUCCACAAGCAAAAUUGUGUCCAGCUUCAAAGCGACCACGUCCAGAGCGGUUUGCCAGCUGGUGAAGGAGUAUGUCGGCCACCGGGACGGCAUCUGGGACCUGAGCGCCACGCGGGCCCAGCCUGUGGUGCUCGGCACCGCGUCUGCAGAUCACACUGCCAUGCUGUGGAGCAUUGAGACCGGAAAGUGCCUCCUCAAGUACCUGGGCCACCAGGGAUCAGUUAACUCCAUUAAGUUCCACCCCAGUGAACAGAUGGCUCUGACUGCCUCUGGAGAUCAGACGGCUCACAUCUGGAGGUACAUGGUGCAGCUUCCCACUCCUCAGGCCGUCGCUGACACCACUACGCCUUGUGAAGACGACGUGGAUUCCUCGGAUAAAGACGAUGCAGACGUCGACGCGGAGGGCCCGAAUGACUGCCCUUCGAUCCGCGUACCGAUCACGACGCUGCGCAGCCAUCAGGGCGUGGUGAUCGCUGCCGAUUGGCUGGUGGGGGGCAAACAGGUGGUGACGGCCUCCUGGGACCGAGCCGCCAACCUGUAUGAUGUGGAGACCUCGGAGUUGGUCCACUCGCUCACUGGUCAUGAUCAGGAGCUGACCCACUGCUGCACCCACCCCAACCAGCGCCUGGUGGUCACUUCCUCCAGAGACACCACCUUCAGGCUGUGGGACUUCAGAGACCCGUCCAUCCACUCCGUCAACGUCUUCCAGGGACACACAGACACGGUGACGUCCGCUGUCUUCACCGUGGGAGACAACGUGGUGUCGGGCAGCGACGACCGCACCGUCAAAGUGUGGGACCUGAAGAACAUGCGGUCGCCCAUAGCAACCAUUCGCACCGACUCUGCUGUCAACAGGAUCAGCGUGUCGGUGAACCAGAAGAUCAUCGCCCUUCCUCACGACAAUCGGCAGGUCCGACUGUUCGACAUGUCCGGAGUGCGACUGGCUCGGCUGCCGCGGAGCAACAGGCAGGGUCACCGUCGGAUGGUUUGCUGCUCUGCCUGGUGUGAGGACAACACCGCCUGCAACCUGUUCACCUGUGGCUUCGACAGGCAGGCCAUCGGCUGGAACAUCAACAUCCCGGCUCUGCUGCAGGAGAAAUAACCUCCUCUUCUUCUUCUUCUUCUUCUUCUUCCUGUUCUUCACGUUGUUAGCACACAGUGAAACCUCACCCACAGCGUGUGUUUGUGUCUCGACAGAUGUAAGCAGUUUAGUUUAGAUGUUAGAGUGUUAGACUCCAUGGAGUCGGUCUUUCAAGCCUUAGGAUUGUUGAAGUUCCUCAGAUCAGACUUUCUCCAGGUUGAGGGGCUUGAAAAUCAUCUGUCUCACUUUCUGUCACUAUUAGCAACAAAGGCAAACCUCUGAACCACUCACUGAUGAAAGCACAAACAAUGUACAGAAGCUCCUGCUUUCUGCAAGUUAACAUGUUUCUCUGCUGCUUCUGGCUCCAAAACUCCAGAUUUAAUGUUUGCUUCAGGUGGUAGAUUAAAGGAAACAUCUGUGAAUUUUCUGGUUUGGUGUUGCACAUGAUCCCUGUUAUCUCUUAAGUUUUUUUCUAUAUAAAUUUAGAACCAUGUUUUCCUCUUGCAGACAGACAAAAGGUAGAUCAGAUCAGCAGCAGAUUUCUCAUUAUUUAGGCAGUUUUCUCUUCAGAGGUUCUUAAUCUCUGCAGAAACUUUAUGCACCUUGUUUUUGUUUGCUUAAAAUAAUGUCUGUUACAGAUUUUAUUUUUUAAGGGAAAAUUUUUCUUUACUGUUUAACUUGUGGUCAUAGAUUGACUAUGGAUGAGUUGUUUUCUGAUGUGCAAAAGUAUUUGUAUCCCUGAACGUAUUAAAACCUUCAACUACAAUGUGUU